ACUUCCGAUUGGAUAUUUGUGUACGGGAGGAAGAAACGCGCACUGUUGUUCUUUUCAGCUGUCGGUUUGGCUAAUUGUCGACUUGAGAUUUGGAUGCCUGCUGUGUUUAACGGUCAAGAGCAUUUAUACUGAGAUGUCGGACGACUUGGUGAAACAGUUGAGCAGCUACAAAGCCCAGCUACAGCAAGUAGAAGUCGCUUUAUCUACUGACCAAGAAAAUGAAGACCUCCUUAAACUCCAGAAAGACUUACAGGAAGUCAUUGACUUGACGAAAGACCUCCUGACCUCACAGCCCACUGAAAGUUCUUCUAGCACCAACGGCUCAGACCCUGUACCCUCGAAGCAUGGCUGGAAAGUGGGAGACAGCUGUAUGGCUGUUUGGAAUCAGGACGGACAGGUGUAUGAGGCUGAGAUUGAGGAGAUAGACCGGGAGAACGGCACUGCAGCCGUUACCUUCGCCGGGUACGGGAACGCUGAAGUGAUUCCUCUGCAGAACCUCAAAGCAGUAGAGGAGGGGAAACGCUCCAACGAGGACGGGAAGCCCAAAUCAAGGAAAGAGCAGAUAGCCGAGCAGAGAGAGUACAAGAAGAAGAAAGCCCAGAAGAAGGUACAGAGGAUGAAGGAGUUGGAGACGGAGAGGGAGGAGCAAAAGUCAAAGUGGCAACAGUUCAACAACAAAGCCUACUCGAAGAACAAGAAAGGACAGGUCAAGAGGAGCAUAUUUGCAUCUCCAGAAAGCGUCAAUGGAAAGGUGGGAGUGGGAACAUGUGGUAUUGCAGACAAGCCAAUGACUCAGUACCACGACACGUCAAAAUACAACGUCAGACAUCUAAUGCCACAAUGACCUGCUCUGCUCUGUGUAUAAUAACCCACUGUGUACAACCUGUAUCGGUGCAUUUCCAUUGUGUUUCUACAAGAUUUAUGUUUCCCAAGUAAAGAAUGGAAUUGCUUGCGUGCGCCAUUGUUUGAAAUAUUGAUGUAGUUUUCUUAUAUAUUAUGUAGGUACAAAGGCAAAAAAAAUCCAAACGGGGGGGUUGGCACACGGUCACCAGGUAUCCAAGAAAAAGGCAGCGGUGGUGUUGUAGGAAAGCCGUAGAGUUUGAUGUUUGUGUCCAGGUUUCACUGAGGCCAAAUACCUGCUAAGAGGAGUCUAAAUACACACCUGCAGAAUUUAGUUUGUACAUUUGAAGUUGGUUUUUAAACACUGACCCAUUGUGGGAGGAGUCUGAAUGUCAAUAACGGUGUUGAUUUGAAAUGGCUGAAUUUACGUUUUAAUAUGUGUAUAUAACAGUGAAAUAAACAUUGUUUUGUUUUCAA